CGUGUACCAGACACCGCAUUUCUAGAUAUUGUUCUCUCUGUCUUUGACUUGACAACUAGAGGUUGUCUGAAUUUCCAUACAAUCAGCAGCUCAAACCAUCUACCAACACCGACUCUAAAAUGGCAGACGAGAAGAACAACCCCAACAACAAUAACUACAGCCAUGACAAGCUCAACUUCGAUGAGUCCCAAUCUGCGAUGACAACAACCUCCACGACCAACGGUACCACAGCCAAUGAAACUGCCACCAACACUACGAACGGCUCCAACACUUCAUCUAACCCAGCCUCAACUUUGCACGCAGCCGCCAGAAAAAUCCCCGCUACAGAGAUUCCCUCAUCCAUCUUCCAAUCCCUCAUCAACCCCACUCCAACAACCACGCACCAACAACCAAUCCUACCAUGCACACUCUCAGCCACAAGCUCGAAUAUUCGCCGCCGCAUAUCCCAAUUUGGCAACAACCUCAGGGUCUUGGGACGGGUUUUCGGCGAAGAUGUUAACCGGGACGGUUCUCUUCAGACUGCAGAGAGGUUUAGGCAGGUGUACGCAAUGUUUGUCGAGGUUUCGCAGGGGGUGUUGAGCGAGUUGGAUGAGUUCGAUAGGUUGAAUGGAAUAGUUGAGAGUGAAGAGGUGGGAGAGAUUGGGAAUGGGAGGGAAAGAGGGAAUCAAAAUGGCGAUGAGGUGGAGAAGAAUAAUGGUAUGGGUGAGAGGGAGCCCAAUGGAGAGACGAGGAAUGGGUCUUGAGACGACUAUGGGAAGAGGGGUAUGGGGAAUACGUCUAGGUCGUGAAUGUUGGUCUGGUUGUUGUGCCAGGGCGUUAGUAAAGUACACACGAUGGACGGCCCUGUUUUCCCACUUCGACUCGAUCGCACAGCAUUAUUCAAGUAGCAUGUCGUGCUGGUCGUGUUACUUACCUGUACUAUACAUGGGGAAGAUGGCAAGUUCAGUUCUUUUUGUCGCGUCAGCAAUUGUUGGCUGUUGGCCGUCGCCCCUU